AUGGUCACCUACAUCCUAGGCGCUCUUGGACUCAUGCAGUGCACUCAGGACUGUCCCAUUAUCCUCGUAGUCGUCAUUACCACGCUGCUAUUCCAACAGUACAGGCCACAACCUGAAUCCGGGAUUCAGGUACUUGCUGAUGAAGCACAUCCUGACCCUCCGGGUGGGCUUGCUAUCUAUGGGUCUGUUCCUCUUGGUCUACCUCUGCCAUAUUUGCUGUGGCAGCGAUUGAUGAAUUGGUUGCGCGCCAACGCUGCAGUGCGGGCAGCAAACGAGAGGGCCAUCAGAGAAGCCAGGGCUGCUGCUAAGCAAGAGCACGCGGACUAUCAAGCGGAAGUCGACCGCUUGAGGGAGAACGAGUCGUCAAAUUCUACUCGAAUAUACCUAGAGUAUCUGCUGAAGCUCAGGGUGAUGAAAGCUGAGGCGAACAAGACCCGGUUGCCUAGAGACGAUGGCAAAAGACCGACUGCUGAAACAUUCUGGGAUACUACUAAGCUGUUCCGGCCUGUGGAUACUGAGCAACAACAUCAUGCUGCUCUUUGCAAAGAGACAGCUGGGAGGAAAACGCCUGAAGCUAUGGCGAAGGCUCCCACGGAGCCCUCGUCAGCCCCUCCUGAUCACGCUGCUACUGCAUCGAUGCCCGCCGAUACAUCGAAGCCAGUUUCUAUAUUCACGCCCGCUACUUCAUUCACGUUUAUGCCGCCUGCUCCUCUAACGAUGGCUACGCCUGUGACCACGGCUAAUCUUCAAGCCGACACUACUUUCCUGAGGCCAUCCAAUUCUCUCAGUUCUUUGUUUGCGGCUGCUCCCUCAACAGCGCCCACCCUUGCACAAGAGCCCGCAGCGAGCACGACUGAACCUUCGUCAAAGGUUGAUAUCUCAAACAAGCUCCUUAUCAAUUCGCUCAUGGAAGGAACUGCUUUCUACAAGCCUACUUCAGCGCCCGUGACUGAGCCUGCUGAACCCAGCACGUCGAUAAUCAGUCCGGAGAGCGAGCAGAUAUCGUCAAACCCAUCACGUCCGUCGUGGGCAGGGUUCAAUGUUCAGGGUGUUGAACCAUUGUUGAGCUACAGAAAACCACAGGACGAAGAUAAAUUCGCUAGUGAACUGGAACGGCUGGGCAUAAAAGAUGAGGACACUAUUGCGGAAAGAGCUCCAGCUAUUGGUCAUGAUCACCAUCACGAACAAGACGAUAACCACUGCAACGAGGAAGACGGUUUCAGCUCCAAUGGUAGGAAGUGUGGUUUUGAAGAUGGGACUUUUACGCGAGGCACAUCAGCACCCACAAAGCCAGUAACCUUACCGGAUGAUGAAAUCCCUGCAGCCAUCGAAAAACUUCGAGAGGGGAUGCAACAAGACGGCGAACAAAAGAGCAAACUGAUUCUUGAACAAGUGCCUUCGGGCGAACCACCCCUCCUUGAAAAUAACGGCUUUGACAGCGAAGAGCUGAGAAAAGAAGCCGAACAAAGGAGUGAAAUGACUCCUUUACAAGUGGCUUCGCGUGGAGCACCUCCACAUAACGACAAAGCUGAUGAUUGGGGGCAUGAUGAUGAAGAUGACACACUAAUGUCUGGUGCCCCGAAAAUUGGUGCCGAUAUCCCCAAGCAGAAAGGGUACUCACCAAAUUCUGAGAAAGACGAUGUGAUGAUGGGAGGUACGGGCGAUGAAGGCAAAGAGCCAACGCCUGUAGCAACAACUGUUGCACUACUCGGUACUCAGCAAUCUAUAGCCGAUGAGUCUACUCCUCAGUCCCUACUUCCUACACCUGCUGCGUUGAACCCGCUUCCCAGUGCUCCAUUUAGCACGAUUCCUUAUCAGAAAAACACAACUCAACAUGAUCUUGAUACACGGUACGCUCUUCCGGCCGUUGGUCGCCGUCCUGCCACCCGGAACAUCGACCCGAAUCCUGCAGAAUCCGAAGAACGAUGGCACAACAGGCUGUUAGGCGGUGAGAGCACGCUGACCGUCAUGAGGCGGGAGCGUGAAGCUGCGAUCAGAGAUGCUAAUGACCAUGACAAUGGCAAUGGUGGAUAUCCGCCGCCUGGCUCUGGUGUUCCGUUUGGUGAAAGCGAUCCUUCUGGUAGGAAAGGUGGGGGUGGUAAUGAAGGUGAGCCGUUACCUCCAGCUGAUGCGUUUGAACCAUUGAAUGACGAGAAAGGAGAACUUUCGAGCGGGGAAAACUUGAACUGCGAGACCGAUCCCAACAAUCAUAGCAACAAUGACGGUAGGAUUACAGACGAAACAUCUGACUCGAAGAACCAAAAGGGUAACGAUAUCACCGAGGAUAGCGACAACUAUCUAGACCCAUCGGGCAAACGUCUGACUUCCGUGAUAGAUGAUGCUACAUUAACUGCGCCUUUAGCAGCUACUGGUGGAGGCAUCACUGCCACCACUAAUGCUGCCACGACAGACAUUGACGACGACACUGAGAUGAUUGAACUCUCUGAUACUGAUGGGAUCGUUGCUAGCAUUGUUGAUCUUAACACGACAGUACUAGCGGAUUACAACAUGGAGGAAAUGAUGAAAAAGAUGCAAGCUGCCCAGGAUGCAUGGGAACUACAAUAUGAAAUUCCAAUAUUUCCACCUGGCUUCGAGGCAGUGCAAGACUCCAAGACUAGUGAUGGCUGGCACAACGCUUACGACAACGCCAACGGUGAUCAUGCUCUCCCGGCUGUGCCAACAUCAUCAACUACCCGAUUUCCUCCUGAUCAUUCGUCUGUUACAUACAACCCAUUCUCGAACGCAAACUACCGUGGUGAAUAUGGACAUACUCAGCCUACUGGACAAGUUGAUUUCACCUCACUUGAAGAGCUUGCUCGGAUUGAGACUGCAGAGAACGACAAGGACAUGCAAAGAGAUACACGAAAGGAUCUCGGCUUACCUUUAGGCGGACAUACGCAACUACUAGACUCCGAGAACCAAGGUGAUCAUAAGAGUUAUGGAGCUGCUGAUUGGCAUAAUGACUUCACGGCAGGGUUCUUGGGAAUUAAUUUCAACGACAACCAUGCAUACGACUAUGGACAGGCACACGGUAUCGACAAAGACUUUGUAACCUCACCAGACCAUGCCACGGGAGUUAAUCAAGUGACGACGAGUACUACCGGCGGUGAAGUGGUCGAUGGUUACUGGACAUAUAUUAGACCCAAAACGCGUCUCGUACAGCUUUGGGAGGAUGGCCAGAUCGUCGAUAACCCUGAUUACCCAGAACAUCGAUCCACGGGUAUGAAUUCAUUACAAGAAACGUUUGGAGAGCAGUGUCACAUCUUCCGAGAAGUUGAUAUGGUAGCAUACGACAAGUUUGGAGAGGAUCACGAGAACUUCAAGUACGCCCAAGACGCAGUAUACUGGUUCAAUUCCGAAGCCGAAGGUGCCAAAUUUCGAGAUAGUUUUGACCAUGAAGUUGGACAGGAGAACAGUGAUGAGUCAGAUCUAUCGGACCCACCUAGCAGCGAUGAUCUCAACGAGACCGGAGCGAACCUUUUAAUACAAGAAAUGGAUGACAAGAUACAAGUGCUGAAGAACGAAGGGAGAGAUGUCAUUGACCACUCUGAGCUAGCCAGUGAAGACGCUGAUCUCGGGAACAAGGGCGAAGAAAGCGGUGCAUCCUUUUGUGAUAACGAAGUUGCUACAUCCUAUCCGAUGAUCACUGAUGGAACAAGGGAAGAGUUGGAGAUGGUGAUAGAUUCUUGA